AUGGAUCACGAAAGUGAAAAGGCUCGCGCCGACCAUAUCGGGGAGGACAUCGACCGGGUUAAGACCACGGCCUCUGUACCCCCGUACACUGAGCAUGAUUUCAAUUUCACCCCCUCGGAGGAGCGGAGGAUCAUCAAGCGCAUCGACCGUCGACUUAUUACCACGGUCGGCUUCAUGUACUGUGUAUCGUUGAUGGACAGAACCAAUCUUGGAGCGGCCAAUAUAGCAGGAAUGAGUAAAGAAUUGAUGCUCGAGGGCGUUCGAUAUGUGUUCUUCGUUACGUAUGUGGUUUUCCAGCCGCCAUCGACGGUUAUUGUACGCAAAGUAGGACCUCGUAUCCAUCUGGCUCUGAUCACACUCUUUUGGGGUGCUACUAUGAUUGGCAUGGGCUUUGCGCAGAACUAUCAGGCACUAGCCGGUCUUCGUGUCUUGCUCGGCGUUCUGGAGGCAGGUUUCUUCCCCAGUUGUGUGUACUUGUUGAGUACAUGGUAUACUCGCUAUGAGGUGGGAAAGCGAUACUCUGCUUUCUACCUCCUUGGCUGCGUUGCAUCCGCGUUUGCUGGCAUCCUAGCCUAUGGUCUGAUGCACAUGGGUGGCCUAGCGGACCUGACAGGGUGGCGCUGGAUCUUUAUAAUGGAAGGCAUCCUCACUUGCCUUCUAGGCAUUGCAGGAUACUGGCUGCUCGUGGACUUUCCAGACAGCAAGCGAGCCUCGUGGAAGUUCCUAGGGGACCACGAACGAGCCUGGGUUGUUGCACGUGUCAACGCGGACCGAGGAGAUGCACACGUCCACGCCUUCUCAUGGGUGAAUUUCUUCAAGGCUGGAAAAGAUCCCAAGAUCUGGGCAUAUGCCAUGGUCUUCUUCAACACUACUACGAUCACUUAUGCCCUGGCCUAUUUCUUGCCUCUAAUCCUCACUUACAACAUGGGCUUCAGCGUUGGGGCCAGCCAAUGCCUCGUUGCACCGCCAUAUGCUUUUGCUGGCAUCGUCAUGUUCGCCACUGGCUGGAUCGGUGACAAGUACCAUCUUCGUGGCCCGAUCGUCGUGUUCAAUAUGCUGUUGUGUGUCAUUGGCUUGCCAAUCAUGGGAUUCCACAAGAACUCCGGCGUACGGUACUUCGGCGUCUUCCUCGUCACAGCCGGCGCAAACUCGAAUGUCCCAGCGGCGAUGGCCUACCAGGCAAAUAACAUCCGUGGACAAUGGAAGCGAGCGUUUUGUAGUGCUACGCUUGUUGGAUUUGGAGGAGUUGGAGGUAUCGCCGGUAGCUUGGUGUUUAGGUCCCAAGAUGCGCCAUACUACAAGCCUGGCUUGUACGCUUGCCUGGCAUGUGCGAUAUUGAACAUCAUCCUAGUUGGCGUGCUUAGCAUCUCUUUCAAGGUCUUGAAUGGACAGGCCGACCGGGGUGAAAAGGAGUUGGAAAGCGCUGAUGAGAAUUAUCAGCCUGGGUUCCGAUAUACCUUUUAG